AUGAACCUUACAAGAAUGGAUCAUCAACAGCUGAUAACAUUUUGGAAUCUAAAUUGGAAAAUUGCUCAGAAAAGUUUUUUUUGUCCCUUCUUUGUAAUUGAUGGCAAAAUGAACGAUGAAAAUCCUACAAGCAAGUCAAGUGUGAAAUUAACAACACAUGAAUCAGUGUUACCUGAAAAAACUUUGAAAUUUGUUGAGAGAUUGGAAAAGGGGGAAAAGCUUCCAUUAAAUUAUUCCUUUAUAUUUAAUUCUGAGAUAUUUUCAAUAAAACCAUGA